GCUGCCCGGGGCGGAUGCCCUCUCUUUGCCCCGGACACAUCAGCGGGAGUGCGCAGCGCCAGACCGGGCCAGCAGCAGCAGCAACAGCCGCGCGUCAUCGAACGUAACGUUACUUAUUGAACGUAACGUUACUUUACGCACACUGGAUGAACGGAGGCAGUGACCCGGCCGAGGACUCGAGGAGGAUGCCUACGCCGGCUCAGAAGGGCUUUCUCUCGGGGUUUAUUUGCCAGAUAGCCGAGGUUUUGGCUCCGGUACUCGUGUAAAAUGCACUGGAGCAGACCGAGUGUGCUGGUCGGCCUAGCUGAUCUCGGCUGCUCGGCUUCGCCUCUCACAUAUUUAUUCUAGUACUUUUUGAUUGUAGUGUUAUUAAUUCCAGGUCAAAAAAAAAAUCAGUUUCCUGUGCGGCUGGUUUGUACUAAAAAUGGCCGGAGAUGGCGGCGCUCUGAAGGAUAUCAAUGAGAUUAAAUCCCAGUUCCGGACCAGAGAGGGCUUCUACAAGCUGCUCACCCUCUCGGACUCGCAGCAGCGGGGCGGGCUGCCGCGGGGUCCGUCCGCUGGAGCCACGCUAGGCCCUGGAGGUGGACCCGGUCCCAUAGCCGGCGGAGGGGUCGGGCUGCUGCAGGGGCCGGGUGCCGCCGCCGCCGCUGCAGCCGCCGCCGCUGCCGCUGCUGCCGCCGCUGCCGCCGCUGCCUCCUCCUCUUCCAAUGCCGCAGCCAACUCCUCUCCAGCGGGCUUCCUUCCGCCCGUCCGGGUCUCCAUGGUCAAGCUGCAGCCCGAAGACCCGAGCGAGGACUCGGAGAGGGUCUGCUUCAACAUCGGGAGGGAGCUGUAUUUUUACACGUACACCAACAUCAAGAAGGCUGUAGACCUCAGUAAGCCGAUAGACAAGAGGAUCUACAAGGGGACUCAGCCAACGUGUCACGACUUCAACCAGUACUCUGCCACAGCGGAGAGCGUGGCGCUCAUCGUGGGUUUCUCCGCCGGACAGGUCCAGUAUCUCGACCCCAUCAAGAAGGAGACCAGUAAACUCUUCAAUGAGGAGAGGUUGAUAGACAAAUCCAAGGUGACGUGUCUAAAAUGGCUUCCCAAGUCUGAGAACCUGUUCCUGGCCUCCCAUGCCAGCGGCCACCUCUACCUCUACAACGUGGACCACCCAUGUGGCACCACGGCCCCACAGUACUCUCUGCUGCGGCAGGGAGAAGGCUUCACCGUCUACGCCUGCAAAACCAAGACGCCGCGCAACCCGUUGUUACGAUGGGCCGUGGGCGACGGAGGCCUCAACGAGUUUGCUUUCUCCCCGGAUGGCGUGCAUGUGGCGUGCGUGGGUCAGGACGGCUGCCUGCGUGUCUUCCACUUUGACUCGAUGGAGCUGCAGGGGGUGAUGAAGAGCUACUUCGGCGGGCUGCUGUGCGUCUCGUGGAGCCCGGAUGGGAAAUACCUCGCCACCGGCGGGGAGGACGACCUGGUUACCGUCUGGUCAUUUGCAGAAAGCCGUGUGGUUGCAAGAGGUCAUGGCCACAAGUCCUGGGUCAAUGUGGUGGCGUUUGACCCCUUCACGACUUCCCUAGAGGAUGAGGAGCCGAUGGAGCUUAGCGGCAGCGAGGAGGACCUCCACCAGGGAGCACCUAAUAACUCCAUGCACUUCGGCCGGGUCCGAACGAGCAGCACGUUGUCGCGUCUUUCUCGGCACAGCUCUAAAGGUGGCGGUUCGGCGUCGGUCACGUACCGGUUUGGCUCGGUGGGCCAGGACACCCAGUUCUGUCUGUGGGACUUGACGGAUGACGUCUUAUACCCACGCCUGCCGCUGUCCCGCGCCUUUACUAACACUUUUGGGCCCGCGCUGUCCAACUCAGGCAGCGGGGGGGUCAACAGUAUCCCAGUUGGGGGAGGAGGUGCAACGGUUGAGGGGCACCAUCAUCCGCCUAACACUAACACCGGCACCGCCAACCCGCCGACCCUCCCCUUACCGCUCCCUCGCUCCCUCUCCCGCUCCAACUCUCUGCCCCACCCGGCCGUGGCAAACGUCUCCAAGGGCCAGGGCGCCUCGGAGGGCGUCGGGGGAGGCGGGGGAGGCGGAGGGAGCAGCGGAGGAGGGAACAGUACCCCGUUCAGCAUCGGCCGCUUCGCCACGCUGUCACUCCAGGAGCGCAAGUCGGACAAGUCUGGGUGCAGCAGCGGGGUGGAGAAAGAGCACAAGAGGUACCACAGCCUGGGCAACAUCAGCAAAAGCAACGAUAAGAUCAACGUGGCGCCGAGGAGCAACCGGCUGGACGCCGCCAAGGUCCUGGGGACCACGCUGUGCCCACGCAUGCACGAGGUGCCGCUGCUGGAGCCACUGGUGUGCAAAAAGAUUGCACAUGAGAGGCUGACAGUCCUGGUGUUCAUGGACGACUGCAUCAUCACCGCCUGCCAAGAGGGGCUCAUCUGCACCUGGGCGCGGCCGGGGAAGGCGAACUUGACAGCACAGAACGGGAACUCUCCGAGCGGCACGGUGGUAUAGCUGAAGGAGAAGCUUUGCACUCAUCCCUCUCUCCAUCCCUCUCUCCAUCCCUCUCUCCACGAUCCUCAAAAAUGUCAAACUAGGGGACAACAAUGAGACACUGCACCCUACGCACCCCUGCAGUAUUAAACCGCCAGUAUAACUCUCCAGUAUACCCUCUGCACCCGACACGACCCAAACCCUUUCCCCUACGGAUUUCACUCACACGUCAGCCAGUUGGGGGGGAAACACUUCCUGAAUCUUCAAACUUUAGGGAGGGUUUCUCACCUUGUGCAGCCUGGGAAGUGUAUCCCUGGUGCUUCAGCCCCCCCCCCCCCCCCCCCCCCCCCCCCCCCC